AUGCCGGUGAAGAAGGCAAGCAAGGCCAGCUCAGCUACAAAGCUGAAGCUUUUACAUCGUCGUCGCUCGAACAUUUUGGGCUCGGCGAUGAUGGUGAAUGAGUUCAACCGAACGUAUGAGCCCGCUCGUCAAAACCAAAUAGCCACUCAAAUUGCGCUUUUGGAUGAGUUGUGGCGUGAUUUUCUCUCCACCCAGGAGGAAAUCGAAAUUUUGGAGGACAGUGAAGAACAUUUUUCCGAAGAGAGGCGAGAUUUUCAACUGCUGUACCUCGAUCUGAAGGGGUCGUUGCAGAGCAAGCUUCCCACUGUCCCUCUGGCCCCACCCGCACAGCCUCGCGCACCUUCUUCGGUUUGCGCCCUACCGGCCCAGCCAAUAACCAACGUUCGGCUGCCGGAGAUUAAAAUUCCAAAUUUUGGAGGCAAGAUUGACGAUUGGGUACCAUUUCGCGAUCUUUUCGUCUCGUUGAUUCAUUCCAAUCAACAGUUGACGGCAGUGCAAAAGAUGCACUAUUUGCGAGCAUCGUUGACGGACGAAGCAGCUCGUAUUGUAUCCACACUUGAUAUUUCCGCCGAUGAUUAUCAAGUUGCGUGGAACCUUUUGAAGGAUCGCUUUGAGAAUCCAAACUUGCUCAUCAAGCGACACAUGUCGGCAUUAUUGGCGAUCAGUCCCAUAAAGAAGGAGUCUGCUUCAGGACUGUCGGAGCUGGCCGACAGCUUCGAUCGCCAUGUGCAGUUGCUGAACAAGCUUGAAACAGUGGAGGAACACUGGAACUCGUUCCUCGUUGAGCGAUUGAGCAGUUGCCUGGACCAUGACUCACUGCGGGAGUGGGAAACCCAUUUAGACGAUGGCCAGAGACCCACAUACAAGCAACUUGUCGACUUUAUUCAUAAAAGAUCGCGAAUAAUCACCACAUUAAUGCUCUCCCACACUACCAGUACCCAAUCCGAAUCUAAACCGUCAAAACCACGCCUCACAGCUCACGUCGCUUCUGAGAACGUGAAGAAGUGCCCUGUUUCAGUGCAGCGGGUGCACACCUGGCGAAGGAUUGCUCCAGCGGUUCCUGCAAGCAGUGCUCCAAGAAACAUCAUUCACUGCUGCACCUCCCGCCGAUUUCGUCUGCUUCGGUUCCUGGUGCACCAGCAGCAGCUUCCAACCAAUCUGUACCAGUUGCAAUCGGUCAAUCCGCUGAAGCAAUCGGUUCGCGUUCGUACCAAGUAUAGCCACGCGGCGCUAACGCCGCCGUACGUCCACCGUCGGCAAUUUCCGGUGCAUCACCACUCGCGAACUCGUCGUUCCGUACAUUUCCGCAAUCGUAUUCGUGCUGAAGUGAUUCAACAUUCUCGUCAGAAUACGGUCGUGCUAUCGACAGCCGUUAUCAAAGUGAAAGAUGCCGACAACAACGAUCAUUUCGCUAGGGCGCUCUUGGACAGUGGCUCACAACCCAGCUUCAUCAGCGAAUCACUCUGCCAGAAGCUCCGUCUGAAGCGUUUCAAGAUCAACUCGCCUGUCAGUGGGAUAGACCAAUCCACCGUGAACGUCCACUUCGGCGUAACGCUUUCGCUCGCUUCACGCUUUGGAGAUCAUCGCUUCACUCUGGACUGCCUGGUACUGCCAAAGCUAACGGUGUCGCUACCCAGCCACCACAUCAACGUCUCUCGUUGGCAAAUUCCUCGCAAUCUUCCGAUGGCGGAUCCCCAGUUCAACAUCAGCCAGAAGAUUGACAUCAUUAUCGGCGCUGAACUGUUCUUCUCGUUGCUAGAACAUCAGCAAAUCUCUCUCGCCGCUGGGUGUCCGCUACUACAGAAAACCGCACUUGGAUACAUCGUAUGCGGGAAGAUAUCGGAUCCAGCUCUCGAUCCACCGGCAGUCCAGACCAGUCACAUCUGCACUGACGACCUGCUCGACAAGCAACUUGAACGAUUUUGGGAAAUCGACAACUUCGACUUCGGAAGAUCCUACACUCCCGACGAACAACGCUGCGAAGAUCAUUUCCAACAAACCGUUGGACGAGAUACAGACGGGAGAUACAUCGUCCGUCUACCGCUGCGAGAAGACAUGUUGCCAAUGCUCGGCGAUUCCUACCAGCUCGCAUUCCGUCGCCUCCAGUCUAUGGAGAAGAAGUUCGCUGUCGAUGAAGGUCUCCGUAUCGCCUACCACGAGUUCCUGGAGGAAAACGAAAGUCUGGGGCACAUGGAGGAGGUGAAUCCGCGCGCGUCGCGUAGCCCGCAGUUUUUCCUACCCCACCAUGCCAUCCACCGUCCUGAGAGUUCCACCACGAAGACACGAGUAGUAUUUGAUGGAUCCUGUCGAAGUUCUACCAGCUUAUCACUCAACGAAGUUUUGUUUGUUGGGCCAACAGUGCAGCCAGCUCUGUACUCUACCGUCAUCAACAUCCGUCUUCCUCGGUACGCCGUCACUGCUGACGCCGAGAAGAUGUUUCGACAGAUCUGGGUGCACCCGGAUGAGAGGAAGUAUCAGCAAAUACUCUUCCGGAAGGAUCCAUCAGAACCAGUUCGCAUCUACCAGUUGAAGACAGUCACCUACGGUCUCGCUAGCUCGCCGUUCCACGCUACUCGAGUGCUCAACCAGUUGGCCACUGACGAAGGAGAACGUUUUCCAUUGGCGGUUCCUGUUAUCAAGAAGGGAACGUACGUAGACGAUGUCCUCACCGGCGACGACGACCAAGUCAAGCUCACCGAAACUUGUCGCCAAUUGAUGGAGCUGCUACACCAAGCAGGCUUCGUUCUACGUAAAUGGGCCACCAACAAUACCGCCGUUCUCGCCAGCGUCCCUCGUCAGUUGUGGGAAACCAAACCAGACCUAGAAAUCGAUCGCUCUCCUACUGUGAAGACAUUGGGACUUCUCUGGUUUCCUCAGUCGGACACAUUCCAGUUCAAGAUACCAACUCUGUCGCCGCUGGAUGUCGCAACCAAACGCCUCGUCGUAUCCGAGAUGUCACAACUAUUCGACCCACUCGGCCUUCUGGGACCCGUAGUGAUGAAAGCUAAGAUGUUCAUUCAAGUGCUUUGGGCAGAACACUGGUCGUGGGACGACCAACUGUCCGAAGAACACUCCAGCUGGUGGACAAUCUACCGCUCAGAGCUCAAUCAGCUACAGGCACUCUCCGUGCCGCGCAGAGUCGUGCAAAACCGCCAUUACAGUCUGCAUUGCUUCUGCGACGCCUCGAAAGCAGCAUACGGUUGCUGUAUCUACGUCGUUUCCCGUGACGAGCUCGGACAGUCCCAUAGCCAUCUGCUGACAGCCAAGUCACGUGUUGCUCCACUACGUGGACAAUCCAUCCCUCGCCUGGAGUUGUGCGCCGCGCUACUCGGCAGCCAGCUUGCCGACAAUCUCCGGCAAACAACGGAUUUCGUCGAACCUCCAACGUUUUGGGUUGAUUCCAGCAUCGUGCUACACUGGAUCAAGUCGCAGUCAAAUGUGUGGAAGGUUUUCGUCUCAAACCGGAUCGCAGAGAUCCAACGCCUUACCAAGGACUGCAAGUGGAGACACGUUCCGUCGGAAAUCAGGGAUCCAGCAGACCGGAUUUCCCGAGGGAUGAUGGCAAGUCAGAUCUCGAAGGACGAUUUGUGGUGGCAUGGACCGAGUUUCCUCAAAGACCCCGUCGACAGUUGGCCCGAGUGUGUGGUUUCGAUCCCGGAUCUUCCGGAUUUGCAGCAGGAAGCCUGCCCAGUCAUCGCUCUGCACAGUGCUACCGUCGACCAAACACUGUGCGAACGAUUCACGGACUUAUCCAAGCUAAUCCGUGUCAUAGCACGAUGCUACCGAUUUUUCAACAAUUCGAGGCUCCCGCGGAGCGACCGCACCAUUGGUUCACUGACCCCAGAGGAAGGUGAGCAUGCGCUCAAGAUUCUCGUACGACAAGUUCAGUUAGCGUCCUUCCCAGCUGAAGUUCACCACUACCGUAGCGCUCAAAGCGUUCCAUCCGCAUCUGGAACAUCGAAAUCGCCACUGAAGGACUUGAAGUUGUUCAUGGAUCAGUUCGGUUUGCUCAGACUCUGUGGACGAUUAGCAAAUAUGAAAGCACCGUACGACACUCGUUACCCGAUCCUUCUACCAGCCGGUCAUCGGCUCAGUUGGCUCAUCGUCCGAUCCAGCCACAUCCGAACACUUCACGGCGGUCCAACGCUCACGCUCGCUACAAUUCGUCAACAAUUUUGGCCAGUCCGGGGUCGACAGCUAGCAAGAAAGGUGGUACGUCACUCUACCCGGGUUAAGAUCUACGUCGGUCUGUUCGUAUGUCUCGUGGUGAAAGCCGUGCAUCUCGAAGUCGUCGCCGAUCUGUCGUCCGCCGCCUACAUAAACGCCGUUAAGCGUUUCGUAGCUCGUCGCGGUCGAGUGCUCGAACUACACUGCGACAACGCGACUGCUUUCGUCGGGGCAGACCGAGAACUCCGUUCGAUGCGGGAAGAGUUUCGUCGUCAAUUCCGGUCCGAGGACUGGGAGAACUUCUGCGUGGAAAGCGGAAUCAAGUUUCGCUUUAUCCCGGCAAGAUCACCGCACUUCGGCGGUAUCUGGGAGGCCGGAAUCAAAUCUUUCAAGCACCACUUCCGUCGCAUCAUGGGCAACCGCUCAUUCUCCGUGGACCAGCUCCAGACCGUCGUUGCCCAAAUCGAAUCAGUCCUCAAUUCCCGUCCUCUCUCUCCGCUUACAGAUUCUCCUGAUGAUUGCUCCGCUCUGACUCCAGGGCAUUUUCUUGUUGGCGAACCGCUCGUGGCCAUCCCUGAGCCCGACCUGGUCGACGUCAAUCCAAAUCGACUCUCGCGCCUGCAGGAGAUGAAGAAGUCGGUCCAAGACCUUUGGCGUUGUUGGCAGCUGGACUAUGUCAGUCAACUCCAGCAGCGAAGAAAGUGGAAGCAAUCCCAGCCGAAUGUGUGCGUUGGACAGCUGGUGCUCGUCAGGCAAGCGACUGCGCCGCCACUGCAAUGGCCGUUAGGACGGAUCGUCGAAACCGUUGCGGGCAAGGAUGGACGAGUCCGGGUGGUCGUAGUCAAGACCGCUGCCGGACAGUACAAACGAGCAGUCACGGAGAUCGCCGUUCUACCGAUAGCUUCUACCGAGGACGAACCGAAGGACGACAGCAUCACAGUCAGUACAAGUCACUAA